UGCUCAAAAGAUGGCGGUUCGAAAGAAAGAUGGUGGCCCUGAUUGGAAACUUUAUGAGUCUCCUUCUGUGUGCGAACAAUUUGAACCAGUUAGACAGUACUUGUUGAAGAACUGUAAAAAGGUACUGGACCAAUCUGGUGUUUAUGUAUCAAACUAUAUAUAAGAUUGUUGUUUUGUUAUAUAUUUGGUAUUAUAUUUCAUAAUUUCAUUUCAUGUUUUAUACUUUUAUACAACAAUGAAAUGUUAUUAAUAGUACUGCGAGUACUGAUUUUUAACUGGUGUAUUUUACUUUAAUUUAGUAUGUUCAAGCAGAGCCCCCAACCAAUAAAGGUCUUGCCAAUCUCACUGGCCAGUUGCUUCAAUUUCAGGAGGUACUGUUUAUUUGAAACAUACUAGAAAAUAGAAAUACAAUACAUUAAGUGAAGUAACAUACAUUAUAUAAUAACUACAGUGAAACACGCAAUUUGAUUGGUCAAUAGCUUCAGCAUGGCUUCGUGGGAUUCUCAAAAUGUCGUUGUUUCAUUGUAGUUAUUUUAUAAAACAAUUACCGAAUGGUUUUCCAAGCAGGAUAGCAUUAUCUGUGCACUUGGUGACUUGGGAUGUUGCUCGACUUUUGGAAAGCGUAAAAAUACACUCGCCUGUGGCUCGAGUAUUUUUACGCUUUCCGAAAGUCUCGCGACAUCCCUCGUGCAUGGAUCACGCAUCCUGCACGGAAAACCAUUUGGUGAAUUCCUUUACUGUGAGAGGUUACCUACCAUGCCAUGGGUCAAGCUACCACCUUUCAAAAGUAGCCAGAUACAUGUUAAAAACAAUGAAGAUUAGAGAUUUGAGGGCAGAUUAAAUUGUACAAAAUUGUUAUAAAGUACACCCCUAACUCCCCAGGUUCUGAAAUUUCUGCCUAAAAAAUAUCGAGUGUGACAUUGACCAACUGUGCAGUCUGGAACUGGACUGGAGUAAGUAAAUCUCUCUCGAAGCUCUCAGACAUCCAUAGUGGAAAGUUCAUUGUGUAUAUACAGUACGCCGAAUAUUUAGGCCAUCAACAUUUUGAAACCUUAAAGGACAUUGGCAAUAAACUCUAUUAAACUCUAUUACAGAUUGUUUAUGUCUUGCUUAGUUUUCAAAGUAUUUCGACUGAAAAAAGUGAGCUGUUUGCCAUCUUGGAUUAUUAAGGAUAUGCAUGUUACUUCCAGGGUUGCCAGGUGGUCUGAGCCCAAAAGAGCCAAAUGCAACGUAAAAAGUAGCCAAAUCCGGCCAAAAGAAGCCAAAAUCGAAAUUUAGAGUACAAAUCUUCUGAAUUCAAGCGUUCAACACCGAAAAACAGUAAAGAAAAAACGAGUAUUUUAUCAUUUUCGUUUUCCCGCCGUUCGGGGCGAACCGCGUAACCUAGGGAGAGGGUACUAAUUCCGAUCGAAUAUUUACGUACAUCCGGAAUCCCGGAUAAAUGGAUAAUGUAAUCGAACAUAGCAGAGUAGAUGGUGGCUAAACUAUAUGUGGCGACCAUCAAAGGAAACCUGUUCUUCUAUGCAACAAUAAGCAAAAUGCAAAUAAAUAUUGUUGAAUAAAAAUUGUUAUGUUUUUCACAUUAACAUACAUUACAUCUACAAGUAGUACAAUAAUUUGUGAACACAACUGUAAUAUGCUAAAUUCUGUGUAUAUAUAUAUAUUGUAUCCAUUACACUGGGUAGUACAGCACCUAAUUCAAUUUUGACUAAUCAGAAACAAAGCCAUUUAUAAUAGCUUGUCGUGAUGUAGUCAGUCGAGAAAAUUAUAAACCUAAUAUGAAAAAGUCAUCAAAGAAUAUAACUACUAGAGGUGUGCAAAUCCAAUUCGAUCGGAUUCGUUCAGAUUUCAGAACAAAAAUAUUCAUUUCGGAUUGGAUCGGAUUGAUAAAGCUGUUUCGUAGUCGGAUCGGACCCUCGAUAUUCGAAAUAAAAUGAAUUAAUUAUCCACGACAACGCAGUGUUGCUGCAUUAUUUGUUUGAUACUUCAAUUGGACAUCACUUUGUCAGCAUCUUGACAUGUAUUUCUUGCUUUUAUAUUUAUUUGGUUAAAUAUUUCCACGUGAAUGAGAAAUUUAUUUUAUUACAGGAUUCUUCAGAUCAGAUCGGAAUUCUUUAUCAAAAGUCGGAUCGGAUUAGACCAUUUCGGAUCGGAUUUUAAACAUUAGCCAAUUGUCGGAUUAUAAACGUCCAAUCUGAUCCGAUGCACACCUCUAAUAACUACACAUAAGACAGGCUAGUAAGCAAUCUAGCUUUGAGGGCAAAUUGCAAUGGCAACUGGGCAUAGCAAUUGCAAACACAAAGUCAAACUGGCAAACAGCAGUGGUGGCAAAACACAAGACAAAACCACAAAUAAGGUUAAUUAUGGUAGCAAUAGGAAUUUGGUAUGACAAAUCUUGCAAGGUAGACCUCCGGCACUAGUCAAACUGAAUUCAGUGGAAUAGAGAAUAUAGUUUAUAAAACUUCUAUAAAAUGAAUCCCAGAAGUACAGUACUAAAAAAAAUAACCCUCCCCCCCAAAAAAAAAAUAAAUAAGAAAAAACAACAAAAAGCAAGGGGUGGGGAAAGGGAAAGGGAAAUGGAAAUGGGAAGCAAGGGCAAACUGUGACUGGCGAAGUGACCAUGCAGUAAUACCAGCCUCGAACAGUACGCGAUGAAGGUGUACCGUGAAAACAUUCGCGUCAACGGAGCGCCAUUGGAACGCACAAACAUGGGACUUGGGUUGCCGCCACGAAUAUCCAAAUAGUUCAGGAUCGAAUCAAUUGUGCACAAAGGUGCACGGCCCUGACCUAGUGUUAGGGUACAGUCUUGACGAACAGGGUCAGUUUUGGACACUUUGGUGGCCACUGAAUGCACGACGGACUAACAUGGCAGUCGGUGGAAACAUCAUGGACAGUCAGGUGUAGAGCGCUAAAGAAAGAGCUGCCAUCAGGUACGGUAAACUCAGAGGAACGUAAAAACUCAAAUACGUCAAACAGCCCCCAAACUAGACUUGGCUCAAGUCCGUCUCAGGAGAAAAUUAGGGAGAGACGAACUUGGGACACUCGCAGCAUUUCGAAUUGUUGUUCUCAACUGGCAAGCCACGCCUCCGUAGGGAAAAUCCGACGGUAAAAUUCGGCGCGCUUGCGGGGUAUCCAAGUCCGUCUAUCCCUACUUUUCUCUCAUAUUUUCGCGCCUUUUUUGACCGUUUGCGUGCAUUGCUAUUUUCAACCCCUUGAGAGACGGACUUGAACGAAGUCUACCCCAAAACAUCACAUCGUCGUACACGGAGUGGUCCAAAAAAAACGUAGAUCGCCAUAAGAAUGUCCGGUGUCGGUGUUGGGAAGACGCUUGUCUGACCCGCCCCCUUUGCAACGUUGGAUGCCUCUCACGACACGUUGUAAACGAAUACAACCAACCAAGGGAUCAGGAUAACCCUAGCUGUUCGAUAUGUAGUGCACGAACGGCAGACAAGUAAACUUUGAGGGAAGCCGGUUUUAAAUUAUCAGCCAACUACGUGGCAAAAAGACACAGGGACCAUUCUCCCGCUGGAAGAGGCAAACCGUUUCUACCUGAUAAAAGUGCAAAAACGAUGGCCCGAUGCAUACGUUCUGUGGGUCGACGAGGCUAAACCAUGACGUAAAAAAACUUUGGCAUUGGAUCUCUAGGUGGUGAGCGACAGUUGCUGCAAUAGGCAUACUGGAACAAGAAUACUUUAAAAAUAAUUAUAGAGUCAUUGGUCUUAAGCAAAUUAUUUUUGAGCAACACAUUCGAUUCAAAGAAAUUACAACUGAUCGAAAACUUCGCUGCCAGAAUUAUUACAGCGCGCGAAAGUUUGUCCAUUACUCCACAUUUUCCAGGGAUUGACAUGGCUACCUGUAAGUGAUCAAUUACUAUACAGUGACUUAUUGUUGACAUUAGUAAUGCAAUAGUAAUGCACAGUGAAUAUAGUAUAAAAAUUACACUAUAUACGGCAAAAAAAUUGCCGUCGUUGCAGCAAUAAUCCACGGCAUUUUGUUCUCCCUCUACGGCGAUUGCCGCGAUAAAAUUCAAGUCCUGCACUGAAGGUCUAAUCGAAACUCGACGUUCAGUACAGUAGAUUAUUCAUGCGUCGCAAGAAGGUAGGUCCCGGCCAAACUACGAGGCAUGCAUGAUUGAGCUUUCCUACUAUACCAACGAUUCCAUUUGCGUGCUCGUACACCAUCUCAUCCGCCGCCAUUCCUGAAGAAGUUGCUUGAGAGCUUGCAAUUUGGCAUUCGGUAAACGUGCGAUCUGGAGGACGGAAUCCAUCGUCUAGGUAGUGCAUGAUGUCGGACACAGCAUAGUUAUUUCGCAACAUCCAUUCAACUAAAUCCGCGAUAGAAGUGAAGAUGAAUGGCGCCGAGCGUAACCCGAAAGGUAAGGCAAGAUUCACGUACAAUUUUCCACGCCGACAUCAAAUUUAAUGUAUUGAAGCGAAAAUUGUUCGGGAUCAAUACCGUCGUUGACACUAAAGCCUUGAGGUGAAGACAAGUCUAAAAUCAAACGCCACUCUCCAUGUUGACCAGCUUUGGGAAUAAUGCCAAAACUGCUAAUGUGCAACUCUGGGAAAGGACUCGUGAUGAAGGGACCAGCUACCCGUCCCAGUCUCCCAGAGCGACUUCAUUCCGCAAGUACGCAUCCACGAUCUCAGGAUGAUCACAGGCCGAUGCUUUGUUUUUACGCGCCGAGGUGAAACCGUGCGCAAUCCCACCAAGCACAUAGUCCACUUUGGCACGGUCUGGAUGAGAAUGAGGUUCGGAGGCAAACUGAAGCGCCUUAAGGGAGGAUACCAACGACACCGGUGGGAAGGAACCUCUGCCACCACAAGAACUAGCUUGGCUAUGACCCAUACCAUUAACUAUACCUGGCGACGACGCAAAUUUUUUUUCCGUAGACAGUCUGACUCCUCAUCAAUAGUCGGACGCAUCAUUGACCCGCGCCCUUAAACAAAAUAUUCAGCGGAUACUCUUCUCAUUAGAUGCGCCUUCCCAGUGUGUCUUGCUCACGCAAUUGAUGAUAUCACAGGCCUUAAAAUAUAUUUUACAGGGCCGUCUGACAAAAUGUCCGAUGACUGUGAGUUUGGGUCGGACAUACGCGUGAUGAUGUCCGAUGACCUCCAUUUUAAUUUGGCUCGGGAAUAAGUCUGAAUGACACGAAUUAAUAUCAGCACAAUGUAUUAAUUCCAAACGGUAAAUGUUGUGAAAAUAUUAAAUAAUUUGCCACAUUCACAUUUAUUUCCAAGCCAAAAUUAACUUGCUUACAUGCCUAUAACAGCAGUAAGACAUUUUUCACUUCACCAUUUUGCUCGCCACCCAGCGCUCAAUUACAUGAAAACAACAUUUCCAGUUCACCUUUUAUAUAUUACCCUUUUAUAUAUUAUCCUGGACUAUGGUACAUUUUGAUUUACGUUGGACAAAGCUACAGUUCGGUCGGACACAAAUACACCUCGGGUCGGACAUUACAGUAAACCUCAGUUUCACUUAGGUCGGACAGAAUGUCCGGUGGUUUCCUCACUACGUCGGACAAUUUUACGAAUGGGUCGGACAAUGUCCGUGACCGACCGAUAUUUUAAGGCCUGGAUAUCAAAAUAUUGUAUUGCUUGGUUGAGAUGUCAAAAUCUGAGCAGGACACAUUGUGGCUUCAUAUCUUGUGUGGUGAUGACAUCUAACAUAUUUUAUUAAGUUAUAUUCGCCAUUUCCACUUUCUUUUCUUUACCUUUGUAAAUGUUUUUUGUAACUCUUUUCGGAGCGAUUGCAGAAAAUCCGUCCACUUUUUAAGUUAUGCCUUUCAAACAUCAUGGAUACUAUGUAUUAAUUAAUACAUCUAUAUUUAUUCUCAAUAGAUUAAUAAUAAAUAGAUCGAUAGUCUCAUAGUCUAGUAAAUGAUAGAUUAAAAUCCCAUGGUGGUAAAGGUAUACUGUUACGAGGCAUACAGUGACUUAGCAUUAAUAGAUUAAAUUGUCAUAGUGUUAAACUUUAAGGUAGCUCUAUAUCGCUAGUGGAACGCGGGACUGCGCAGUCAAGUAGUUAUUUUGAGAACGAGGGAUACAGUUAGAUUAGCAUUAGAUCGAAUUCUCAUACUACAGGUAGCUCUAUAUUUUAGUGGAUACGCGAAAUACGUGGAUACGCAGUCAAGUAGUUUAUAUUUUGAGAUCAAGGUGACAGCUAGUUAACUUAGUUAGCAUUAAUAGAUUAAAUUCACAUGCUAUAGAGAGCUUAAAAUGUGGUGUAAUAUGUAAAUAUGUUCCUCACAACCGGACAUUGGUGUUUGACAGAUUAUGAUUAAUUAGCGUCGCUGGGAGAAAAAAAAUUAUAUUAUAAAGCAUACUAAGCAUAAAACAUUAAAAGUCUUGCAUGAUAUUUCCUUUAUAGUUAUCAAUUCGUAAUAGUUUGUGUAUAUUAGAACCAAGCAAUAAGAUCUGGUAUAUACGUAUCCACUAUCCAGUGAAAUGUGGCCGGACUACAUGAUAUGAUAUCACUAGUGGACGGGUAUUCUGCAAUUAUGCAGGGUACGAAGGGAUCGAUCGAUAACGCACGGAGGCCUGGACGCGGAUCAAUGAUGCGUCCGACUAUCAAUGAGGAGUCCGACUGUCUACGGAAAAAAAAUUUGCGGCGACGACACGAUCGAAGGACUCGUAGCCGCAGGGUUUGAACUUGCAGCACCGACGGCGACGGUAGUGGCAGCAUCCGCGAAGGUAUUGAAAGGCAGGUUCUUGGAUCGAUCCUACGCUAGGGAUAGCCGAAGGUCCGGGAAGUUGUGAAACAGCUGCAGGUGACGAGACAGGCUAACGGGCAACGAUAGUGGACUGCGCGAGAUUAGAUAAGGUGCCUUGUAAUGCAUGAACCACAUCGUUGACAAUGUCUCCAACUCCUGGUGUGGUAUUCCACGACGAAGACAUGGCUGUUCACGUUGCUCGUUGACAUUGUUGAUGUGGCACGGAACUCAGUAUUAGGAGAAGUCGUACCAAAACGUGAUCGGCGCACUCUGUAAACUAUUCCUAUUCAGGAGAGGCAUAGCCACAACACAAGAGAUCGAAAGCUGUUGAUUUCACCUGCAGCUGUCAGCUGUUGAUUUCAGCUUGAAUAUUGUAAAUACCCGACACAGCCGAAGAUCCACAAAACAUACCGUGACCUAUAAUGUGAUUGAACCGAGAAGUGUUCCUCGACUUCCGUCCUACAAUAUUUACAAUAUGUUUCAGGAUUCCUUGAAAGUAUGUUUUUGUAAACAACUAUAGCCCCGUUAACCGGGUGUCAACUAAGCCCUGGCUCAGCUGUUAACCAAUUGUGUUAGAGGAAAGGAAAAACCGCGAAUGAAAACGAACACUGGUGCAAGUGAUCGCUAAUGAAAGAGAACGGUAAUGAUUGUGAACACUGAUUAAAUUGAACGCUAAUACUGUAGAAGUGAACGCGCUAAUGAUUAUGAAAUUGAACGCUAAUGAAAGUGAACACUAAUGAAAGUGAACGCUAAUGAAAGGGAAAGCAAAUGAACAGUGGUGAAAGCGAAUUGUAAUGCAAAUGCUAGUGAGAGCGAAACUUUAAUGAAUGCAAACGCUAACAAAAACGAACGAUAAUGAAUGCGAACGAUAAUGAAAGUGAAUGUUGGAUGUUUUGGUAAAAGGUGACUUCAAUUUCUAUGUUUCAUUUCAGGACAACUUUGGAAUUAAUGGGAAUAAACGAUUAUUAUGCAAGCUACCAGUAAGUUAUUGCAAGUCAUAUUUUCUAGGGUUUGAUGUUCAGUUUUGAUAUUUUUUUUAAACUAUACAGUAUAUCACGUCAUUUUUUUCUAGGUGAAGUUGUUUCUGGAUUAUAGUUCUGGAGGUUCACUAUGUCACAUUCUUGCUACAGUUUUUAAAACUAAAACAGAACAGGGAUGGUAUGUAAUGUAUGAAAACAAUUGUUGCCCUUGAGGUGGGCCUUCUGUUUUAACAGGUUAUAUCUUGUUUACCAGGAGAAGAUUUGAUUUCCAGUCACCAUCAAGGAUGGACAGAAAUGUUGAACUUUUCUUGAACAUCGAAAAAUCCUUAAAAGAGGUAUUGUAAGAGCAGCAUAAGUACGUGUAAAAUAUUUAGAAAGCUUCGGAUUGAUAGAGAUACAACUUCCUGAAAAAUACAAGGAGAACGUCGAUGUUUCGAGCGAAUGCACUUCGUCAGGAAGUUAGUAGCGUUUAAAAUAUUUACUAUAAAUCCUCCAUUAACCCUCCUCCCUCAAUAUCCCCCUAAUUAGCUCCCUCCCUACUAAAUCUCACUUUCAAUAAUAAGCCCCUCUCUCAAUAAUAAGCCCCUCUCUCAAUAAUGAGCCCCUCUCUCAAUAAUGAGCCCCUCUCUCAAUAAUAAGCCCCUCUCUCAAUAAUAAGCCCCUCUCUCAAUAAUAAGCCCCUCUCUCAAUAAUAAGCCCCUCUCUCAAUAAUAAGCCCCUCUCUCAAUAAUAAGCCCCUCUCUCAAUAAUAAGCCCCUCUCUCAAUAAUAAAGUCCCUCUCAUAAUAAUAAAGUCCCUCUCUUAAUAAUAAGCCCCACUCUCAAUAAUAAGCCCUUAUCUCAAACUUUCAGUAAUAAGCACCUCUCUAUUAAGUCUCCACAUCUUUUCUGGAGGAUGAAAUUUAUUAAGCUCCCAUCUCUUUUAAUCCACCCCUCUCACUUGGCAUGGAAGCACAAUCAUAUGUACUGAUUAAAUUUAGACAUAUCAAAAAGAUUUAUAUCACAUUUACUGAUUUAGUAUAGACUCCUUUACAACUACCAGAAUUGAAGCACUUAUUGAAUAUUAACCUUGAAAAACAGAUACAAUAUGGCGGUUCACUGUACUUUGCUGCAAGUAAAAUUAUGGAAAUUUUGAUAUUUUGAUUUUCGCACUGGUUUUGAAUAAACAACAAUUAUGUGACUGGUUACGAACUAACUGAAUCUCUUUCGAAAUUCUACAUUAGAAAUACAUAAAGAAACAUUUUUACAUUGCAUGUAGAUGGUAAGUUUCAUGAAGAAUGAACAGCACUUAGGAUGAGCAAACCGAAUUUAGCUUUUUCACUCCAAUUCGGAGGACAACUUUUCUCCUACAAAUUGGGGGUCAAAUACUAAAUCAUUAUUUGCUUGUGAUGUUACUCUGAUUCUUAUUCAAGCAUCUUAUUCACCUGAGUACAUUACACCAACAGCAAAAUCAUAUUCAUUAUUAUUCAUUCCUGAUGAAUCCCCUCUAGCUCAUUAUUAAAUCAUAUCUUUAUGUGUUCCUUGUGUUUUCAGUGCAAAUAUUUGCUUUUAAAAGAAAUUUUGAGCAUAAAUAAAAAUUUCUGGUCACGUGACCAGAGGUUGAAACAGGAAAUUUCCAUACUUUUUUCUUAAAGAAUAUUGUAUCUGUUUUAAAAAGGUUAUUACUCCAUACGUGAUUUAGUAAUGGUAGUUGUAGUUUUGUGACGUCAUUAUGAAAAGGGUCUAAGAAAAAUGCCUAAUGUUACAGUAACGUGUUCACCUGCAUGUUCUCGAGGGAACGUAGGGGUCUGUCAACUUUUCCCAACUGUUUUUUUUUAUUCCAUCUGAAAUUUCUCAAACUAAACUCCCUUUAGAUGGUGUGACGUCCGAUAAAAGUACAGUACAGGGUAUAUCUCAUCCAUAAAAUAGGAGAUUGUUGGCAGUAAAAUAGUUUUUGUUCUUUAGGGAAAGUUUCUAACUGUACCAAAUGUUUAUCUAAUGCCUGAGAUUGAGUCGAAGGUGAUGGCAAAACUCAAAGACAUUUUGAAAAAACAUAAUGUGAGUGCGUGUUUGGAUGAAGUUUUGGUUUUGUUCAAGCUUUGUUUAUUUCACGAGCUAUAGUUAGAUGUUUUUGUGGCCUUGUUAUAUGUUGUGGUAUGAAAAUGCUUUGUGUAAUGGCAAAAUUUCAAAUAUGUUUAUGUGGAGUAGAGCUCUGAGCAAAUGAUGAAACAUUGUUGCUGAAAAGUGCCCAGAAAGCAAAAAUGUUUCCUGGUUCGCCUAAGGCUUACUGAAACAGAGUGUAAUAAUGUUUACUUAUUUAUUGUAUUCUCAACAUUAUGGAAUGUUUUACUUUAUCUGAUGUUUAGGGAUCCAUUGCUGAAGAUAAAGAAUCAGCGACGCAUGUUGUGUAUCCUAUACCUCCUCCUUCCCAGGAUGGUAAGAAAAUUAUAGCUUUUGUUCUAAUUUGGAUGAUUAUGUGUUAUAUACUGUAAGGGUUACUGAAACAAUUAGCAUCAUCCGCAACUGAAGUAUUCAGGUCGAUUUCUAAACGCCCAUUUACACUUGUGAUUCUUGCGGCGAUUUCUAGUGCAAUUUUCUUGUUCUGAUGGAUGUGAAUGAGUAGAUGAGUUAUGAAUGUUCUGACUAUAUGCAUCCUCGUCAGUUGUCACUGCCCCUUAACUGAACAUUCAUAACUCAUGCAUUCGUUCACAUCCAUCAGAAGAAGAAAGGGCCUUAAUGCACGGUUUUCCACAUUUUGAGACGAAAAUUGUGAAACUUUUAAUAAUCAGUCAAAGAAAACAUAACUUUAUGAGAACUUCCAUUUACCAUGGAUUUAUUUUUACUGUAUUGUUUCUCUUGUUCUGUCUCAGCCAAUAUUAUUUUGACAGAUGAUUGGUUACGCCCUAUCGAGAAGAGGUCUGGCAAGGUGUUAGUUCAUUGGUGGUAUUUCCCUGACAGGUAUAAUAC